GAAGAUGGAAUAUUUCUCAUGCCUGACGGGUUCAGAGCUGAAUUACAAGCUUACAUAUCACAUGCUCGAAGGUAUUUUUCUGAUGAUGCUCCUCAGCAAUUACUGGAUGAGUUACGUCCCCUGAUGUGCGUCUGGGAUGAGUCAAUCGUUAGGGCAUGGAGGCUUCUUGAAUUGUUUAUGCCUAUGAAUCUUCCUCCUGAAAAACAGCUGACUCAUGGAAGUUCGCUGUGGCUUGAUGAAGCAUGGCAUUGGUUCAAGACCGUAGAAAAUAAUAACCUGGUUGAGGGUUCGAUACUCAAGAUGCUUUCUGUUGAAUGUCCUGGUUCAGUUAACUGGCGCGAUAAGCUGGACGUCAUCUUCACUAGGCUUAUUCGCUCUUUCCGCCUUGGUAAUGUGGUAGGUCUCUGCCAACAUUUCAACUUGGAAGGUGCUUCUGGUUUCAUAACCUACGUAAUGGGUACAGAAUGUCAUGAUGAGCUUAUGGAAAAAUUGAAGUCAGUAUUUUUGCUUGUUGAAUCCUACUUGCAUCCAUCAAACCAUGGCAUGCACACACAGAACUUGCUGAUGUUCAUGAAUAAGUAA